AUGAGCCAACUCACCUGCCCGUCUCUUCCUCUCCAGUCACUCGAGUCCUUGAUGCUUUCGUCUCGUUUCCCUUACAUCAGAGUGGCACAGGAGAGCGCUCAGCAUCACUCUGAGGAAGGGGGAGAAGGGAGGAGGGGUAUGGAAAGGCAGGGGGAUGCGCCACAGGGAACAGCGGAUGCGGAUGGGAUGGCGAUAGCACUGCCAGCAGCAGCAGCAGCAGCAGCAGCAGCAGAGGGGGCUGCAGCAGGAGCAGCAGCAGCCGGAGGAGGGGGAGCAGCAGCACGUGAAACAGCAUCAAUGGCUACGCUUCCUUCCCCACCCGGACCUCCGCCGGUGCUGCUGUGUGGCCUGCGCUCUCGUGAGACAUGGAGCAAGCGACACAAAGGCGCAGGCAAGGGGACAGGCAAGGGGGCAGGCAAGGGGGCAGGCAAGGGGGCAGGCAAGGGGGCAGGCAAGGGUGCGUUUGGUGCUGCUUCCCAGGCUGCGUCUGCUGGCGAUAGCUGUGCUGCUGUUGCUGUGGUUCGUCGCCCAACAGGAGUUGAGGCUGAGUGGGAUGGCAGUGGGAAGAAGAGGCGGAGAGAGAGCAGCAAGGGAGAAGGUGCGGGUGAAGGCGGAAGUGCUGGAGGGAUGGAAGAGGAGAGCAAAGGAAAAGACAGAAAGCGUACUCAGGGAGUGUCAGAUCCCAUCGUUUCAAACCCAGCAGCAUCACAGCCAGCAGCAUCACCACCAGCAACAAGCGAGAAACGAACUGAAUUGGCGGAGCCAGCCGCAGUAGUGGGAAGAGCAGGAGUUGGGGGGGUUGUUCCCCCUCUGCUUGUCGUGGCAGCAGCAGAUGUGUUUCCUCGAGUGCUGACAGCUCACCUGCCAGAGCUAGCCGCUGCCACGGCCGUGCCUCUCGUGCUAAUCGCUGCCGCCACUCCCACCGCCUCCGCUGCUGCCUCACUGCUCCUCGCCCAAACGCUCCGCCUCCCGUGCCGCUCCACGGCUGCGCUUGCCAUCAUGCCUGGGUGUGCUGCAGUGGAGAGGACAGCAGAGGCCAUUGCACUCCAGUACGCCACCACCAUCCAUGCCACAGACGCUGCUUGA